AUGUCCCUGCCAGUUCUCCCCAACCCCUCCAACUUCCUCGGCGUCGCUCUUGUCAUCAACCGAACACGAGACGGUUCCAAGAUAGUCUUCCACUAUCCGCCGCACGUGAAUACGUCGCCUCGCUGCGAUCAUACGGCGGCGGCUGAAGGUGAUUCAGGCGAGCACACGGAACACACCCAUGGUUGGGCCUAUGAUUAUGAUGAGGGCGGCGACCUGGCCGAUAGGGAGACCCCCGAGCCUUCCGGGCUAGAGACGGGAGCAUCAUCCUCGGGCCAACAGUACAUGUCCAGGAACCAGGACGAGCACAUCAUCACCGAGACCGGUACCCAGAUUGUGCCGUGGGAGCAUGUUGCUGGAUUUCCGACUAAGGAUCUUGAGAGCAUCUUGACUCCCAGCAAGGCUUAUCACAAAAAGCUCUUUCAGAUAUCUUUGGACCCGAUAUACUGUGUAUCGUAUCCAAUACACGUACCCGAAAAUGGCAUUUGGAAAAAGAAGAAGAAGAAGAAGGACCAAGAGCCCAAGAGGAAGGGCAGUAUCAUAUCGGCGGGAGGCAUCAUGGUAUCUGCCACUGAUGAGGAUGGCAACGAGCUCCCUCCCCUUAACCCGGACCAUAUCCGGCCGGUAAUAGAUACGACCAGGCUCUCGCCACAUGCUCAGGACGGCAGCGGUUUGGACACAGCUAAAAAUGGUGACAAGGAAGAGGAGGAGCAGCAGGAUGACAAGGUCAGCUCAAUGACCAUGUUCAACCUAGUCUUCUUUCUCAACCCCAAAAAGAGCGAGGUCAACGAGCUCAUCGACACUAUGCAUACACACAUUAUCCGAAAGGUGAACAAGGCAUACAAUUACUGCCAGCAACGCAACGACUUUGUCUGGAAGGAGUCCAAAAAGAUUCUUGCGCUGAAAGAUAAGGCCCGGGAAGAAAGACGCAAGAUGUCCUCCCUUUGGGACGAGAUCUUACGCACAUCGUCCCUGGCUGCUUCCAUGCAGGAUGUCUAUGAUAAUAUCAGCCAAAACAAGAUUGCAGUCUUACAACUCGAGACGCAAGACGGUAUGGUAACACACUCGGUCCAGGUCCCCAUGCCCUUCCACAUUGCAGAUCUUCCCCAGCAAGGCGACCCGGAUGCCACAGGCAUCUGGUUGACGACGGCAAAUUCUUUUGUGCGCGAUGACGUUGAUGCCGCGGAUCUUGGCUUUCUUGACAAGGACUUUGCUUUGCUGCUCAUGGAUGAUGAAAAGAAGAUUGUUUCCGAGUUACAAUCUGAUCCGGAUGAGUCGACCUUGGCCAUGAUAGAGUACAUGAGACACUCCAAGCCGACGCUAUCCUUCCAGCAAGUCGCCAUCCAGUCUAAGGUGCUAAACCUGGCCCAGGUCCGCCGCUUCGCGCAUCAUUUUAUCUUCUGGCGCCGCGCCAUCGCCAUCCCUCCAUUGCAUGCGCGGGACGUUUAUAUCCUCUCUCCCAACUGCGAUCUCUCUAAGCUGCCCAGCGCUAGCUUGGACUUCAGCCGCGCCUUUCCACACUGCCCACCACUGCCCAACAUCUUGACUGACCUGUCGGCUGCGCCGCGCCCGUACAAGUUCUUUUGCCCAAAUAAGACGAUCCGUGCAGAGUACAUGCGAAUUCUGGCCUGGCUAAUGCGUGGCGGCUGGGUCACACAGCUCUGUACCUUUGCCUACGUCGUGGUCUGGCCCGAGAUCAUCUAUGAGGUUGAGCACGCCCUCGAGGCUGAGGAGUUGACUAGAGCCAAAUCGAGUCAAACAGCGGCGGCUGCUGCUGCUACCUCGGUGCCAGUCGAGCAUGACAAAGACAAACUGGAAAAGGAAAAAAACCGCAAAACAUCCACGGCGUCCAUUGCCGAUGGGACCGAGGACGGGGCCGAUGAUGAGGUUGGCAGCGGCAGCACAUUGCUUUCAAGAACAACUACGGCAGCCUCACAGCAGUCCGACAUGUCCGUUGCAUCCCCGACCUCCGCACAGUCACCAUCGGUAGCAUCGCUCGCUGCCUCUUCAGAAAAGCCCCCGAAGCCCCCGCCAACGGCAGCGCAGCAGGCAGCGGAAAAGGCACGUUUAGGUAGGCUGGCGGACCGGCAGGCGCGCGAGCUGGCUGAAAAAGCCAGCGCCCAUGCGCGGCGCCCACAGCCGGAGCAAACGCAGAAUCCGAGCGCCAACAACGCGCCGCACCUCAUGCACUUACAGCCCCAUAUUAUCCUCGACGCCCGGACUGCAACCGGCAAAGAGAGUCUAUACCUGAGUGCCAUCGAGCGCAGGUUACGACAAAAGACCACUGCUGCUGGCAGCAAUGGCAAUCUAGCAGCCACGCUCGAGGUCCCCAGCGGAGGUGGUGGCGGCAGUACCGGCCAUCACCACAGCAGCAAGGGAAAAGGCACAGCCCACAAGAGUCACCCUGAGGACGACGAUGAGUUCCGCGACAGGGUUGCGGACGCGUGGCCAGUGUUCUGCAAGUACUUCAACGGGCACUGCGCGCUCGAGAGGAUCGCGCUGCAAGAAGAGAAGAAGAGGAGAGAGGUUUGGAACUUGUUGAUCGCCAUGAAUGAGUAUCUCAUAUGUGUCAGGCACUGGUGA